UCCUGCGCAUGAACCAUGCCCCCACCGCCGGCUACGAGCAGGACGUGGGGGCCCGUAGCACCAUCCGGGUGGUCUCACACACCAGCGUCCCCCUGCUGCUGGGCAACCAGCCCUACUUCUUCCAGCAGUCCCAGGAGACCCUUUACUUCAUCUGGGGGCCAGCAAAAAAGAUGAGCAGGGAGAAGAUGGGCUCAACCUACCAGGCUCUGGUCAAGGUGAUGGAGAAGUACCCCCAGCUGCAGAUCUACACCCUGACCGAGGAGAAGAUGACAUACUGUGACGAUGUUUUCCAGAAUGAGACAGGGAAGAACAGGAUGAAAUCCGGCUCCUUCCUGAGCACGGGCUGGUUCACCAUGAUCCUGGCCAUGGAGCUGUGCGAGCAGAUCUGUGUCUUUGGCAUGGUCAGCGACAGCUACUGCAGGGAAAAGAACCACUCCAGCGUGCCGUACCACUACUUUGAGAAGGGCAGGCUGGACGAGUGCAGGAUGUACCUGACGCACGAGCAGGCUCGGCGCGCCGGGCACCGCUUCAUCACCGAGAAAGCCAUCUUCUCCCGCUGGGCCAAGAGGGGGAACAUUGUCUUCAACCACCCAUCCUGGGCAGGCAGGUAGGGCGCUGCCACGGCGUGAGGCGGCAGGAACCUCGGCGCAGGGCAGCUCUCCUCCUGCAGCAACACGUCCCAGCUCUGCCGGUGGCACGGCUGAACACCUCCUGCCAAGCCCUGGAGCAGGGAGUCUCCGUCUCUGCACAGCAGUGCCUGUUUCCCAGCUGGUGGAGGGGCUGGGAACCCCCUGUUGGUACAUGGUGGGCAUGAGCUGGACCCAUGCAGCCCCACCAGCUCCAAAUGUCUGCCUGGAUGGAGCCAGGGAGACCUGGUUUUCUGCUCUCUCUACUAGGAGGAAUAUUUAAUGCAGGAUUAGACGUGCUGCUGGACUCCAGCAGGACAUGGGGCAGAAAUGCUCAGCCCUGCCAGGGCCACAGACCUGUGCCUCUCACAGGGACGAAGUUCUACUGUGUUCCUUGCCCCACCUGUACCCUCUGGACAGUGCUGGGUGUGGGGUGCAGGCACCUGGAUCCAGGCUCUGCCUUCUGCUGCUUGGUGCCUGCAGCCCCUCAGCUGGAAACCCCAGAGCCACCUGUGCCCUAGGGGCUAUGAAUUGCCUUGUCACAAGUGUCCUUGGAUUCAGACCAAAGCAAAUGUGGCCAUUAAAAUUGUUUUUAAUUCA